AUUCAGCUAUUCAAUUUCGUGGAAAAGAAGAAUAACUAUACCUUUAGUGUAGUUUGUUUUUGUUUUUGGUUGAAAUAAGUAUUGUAUGCUUCUUAAGUAUUUAUAAAAUACAAUAACAAAUUAUAUAAAACUAUUACUAUGGCGUCAGCCAGUAGUACUAGUGCUAGAUCAUUAUUUGCUGAUUCGAAAAUGCGACUUGCUGAUCGGGUACAAGUAAACGUGAACAAUAUAUCUUCCUUGGCCAGACAGAUAACUAGAGGGUCUAAAAGUACAGAGAUUCUUAUGCAUUCAUCUCGAAAUUUUGCCGUAGCAGAACAAGCGAUGGAAAAUAGUGAAAACAAUCUUAAAAAACUUCAAGCUCUUUGCACACAUGCAAAUUAUCAAUAUGAUUCUAUAAAAAAAUCGACUCGUCAACUGGAAGAAGUGAAGGAGCAAGUAUGUGCAAUGCAGAGAUAACUUUUGGGUAGUUAAUAAUAUUCCUUAAUUCACAUAUUUAUUUUUUUAUUUAUUUAUUUUAAACCAUUCAAUGACAUUGUAAUUUUUCAUAGGCAAUUUAACGCCUGAGCAAUAGUGGCAGGCACUGUAGUGAGGAUAUUUCUUUAAAAAACAAUUUCCAAUAAAAAAGAAUAUUUUUCAUUUUUAGUGCAGGGCUGUUAAGUAAAUAGUACUAAGUAAACUGACAUAAUUAGAGGUUCUGAAGAUUUUUAUUUCUUUCGAUAUGUAUUUUUUUAUUUAAAAGUGCGAAGGGUCCUAUACUAAACAAGGCAUGACCAAAGUCAGAUAUCACUAGGUACCAGAUGCAAACAGUCUGUUGAAUACUGCUAAACUAAUAACAAAUUUGAAAUAAAUAAAAUGUUGUAAAACAAAAUAGUUUAAUUCUAAUAAUUUAAAUAAAAGAUACAAAAAAUCAUCAUUACCUGUAUCUGACAAAUACAGAUUUUACCUAGGUACUUGAGUGAAAAUUAUUUUUUAAAAACUUUUAGUUUGGCCAAUAUGCUGGGUUACAUUUGGAUUAAAUAAUUAAUUAAUCUUUGUUAUUACAAACUUCCCCUGAAUUUAAUCCAUUUAACAAUAUUUUCUUUUUCUGGGGACAAACUUGGGAAUGGUCCCUUUUUUUCCACUUAGGAUAUUUUCCAUCAAAUUUUUCCCAAAGGGUAGGUCCUAGUACAUUAGAUUUUUUGUAGCAGUUACUAGAGGUAUACCAUUUUCGCAUGCAGACAAAAUUAAAGACAUCUGCUCUUUGUUCUAUGUCAAUGUUAGACAUGUGAAAUUAAAUAAAACUGUUCUUAUUUUUGUCUACUUUGUAAUACAACAUAUUCUUUAUUGCAGCUGUAAUCGAUCUAACAUGUCAACCACUAAUACGAAUCAAAAAUAUUUGCACCCAACGUCGACAUAUCCCUUAUUAAAAUUAAAAACAAAGUAACUUUGAUUUCAAGCCCCAUAGUUUAAAGGUUAUUACCUUAAAGUCACAGAAAACUAGAAAUAUCAAGUAUAUACUUUCAAUUUGAAUUUUAAGAGUUCUUACUGUAUCAAAAUUCACAGAAAUAUUGUAUCAUGAUUUAUCUGACGUUAACCCAAAUAUAUCUUGUUUACUCUACUAAAUGGCGAAAAAUCAGUUUUUUAAAGUGGUAAACACAUGAAGGGGAUCCUAUUCCUAAUUUACCUAUUAACAGAUAGAUGGAGACAAUGAUAAUUUUCCUAAUUUUGAGGAUUAAAUUAGAAAGUGUCGGCUAUAGGUACACUGUCUGGCUCUAGUGCUCUUACCUUAUAUGUAGUGCAUCUAACUACUUUUGUAUUCAAUACUAUUAUUGUAUAAAGAAUAGGAUAGUAGGUUAACCUUAUGAGGAUAUCAUUUAACGAGGUGGAGGCCACCAAUAGAUGGUAGUGGAGAGUUGGCGUUCACAGCACGACUUUUCUUUCUGUAGUCGUAGCUUGAAUUACGUGUUUUCUUAGCUUUGGUUACCGAAUUACCCCGAUAACAGAUGGCGCCAAAAUUAUUUAGAAUAUUAUAUUCAACCCUUAAGCUGUGUUGUAAAGUUUCUUAUUUUGGGUGCCUAUAGCAAAGUUGCAAUUUGAGUUCAUUAUUGUAUUGUGUUCGUGUUGUGUUAUUGUUGAGUUUCGUUGGUUGUGCAUUUGGAUUAUUUUUUUAUUUGAGAAUCUUUGAACUUUGAUAUAUAUUUCAUUUUUAAGGUAAGUGGAUAUUAUUACAUCACUACUCUCUUAGUUAAUAUAUUCAAAUUAUAAGAGGCGCUAGAUGUAUAAAUGCUACAGCUUACUGUAUAUUUAGCGAACUACUUACUAAAAUGUAUUCAUAUAACAAAUAAUCACUUCUUCUUUUCAAUUAUUUAUAGUAGGUGCUUCAAUAGUAAAAGUGAUUGCUUGACCCAAGAAUAUCUAAAGGUCAUCGCGAGUAGAUUCUACAUGUACUACAUUUUUGGGGUUUUACAGUCUUCCUGACGGAGAUUCUUUGUGUGGUCAAAAUUAAGACCUACUUUGUAUAUAUUUUCUUGAUAAAACAUAGUCCAAAUGGGUUGGGUACUGGUUAUAAAAAAAACAAUUUCCAGAAAACAAAAAUAUUAGAAUGUGAAUAGUGUUCUGAAGCAACACUAUCAUACUUUUUAACAAACAUUUUGAGCAUUUGAAAAAGUUUUAAAAUUACAAUAAAUUCACUCAAUUUGUUGGCCAUUCGAAUUUCCCACUUACAAUGUUGUAGCUGUAAAAUGCACAAGGAAUAUAUACAGGACCGUACUACUUGUAGUUUCCGAUAAUUUUUUCAAACGCUCAGUCUAUAAUUAUUAUAAUUUUAUAUCAACAAUUUCAUAAAAAGUGUAGUUAUUAUUGUUACUUUAUUUAAUAUUUCUGUUCGAUAUUUUCUUAAUACAUUCAUUUACUAAAACUUUGAGUGUUUUAUUUAGUUAUUUAAUAUGAAGGAUGCAAUUACCUCAGAGCAAAAAUCCGUGAUUCAUGACGCUUAUGCCAAAAUCUAACAUUUUUUUUAUUUACAUUCAUUUAUUUCAAUUUAUUUAUAAUGUACUUCAUAAAUUCACAUUGUAUUGAAAAUACAAAAUUUUAACUCAUCCUACUCUAUUUAUAUUGAAAUGCGUCUGUUUACAAUUUAACUGAAAGUCCAAGCAUUAGGUAAUGCCAUAAGAUGUUUAUUGCCCAACCGACCUCUGCCCUGUUAGAAUCUUCAUACUAAAAAAUUAUCAUCUAGGUAUCUUCAGAAUUAUAAGCAACAAAUAGACUUAGUAAAAUCCGAAUAUCGACGACGGCAUUUCUUCAAGACAGGACAUAUUGCACAAUGAAAGAAUUCUACAAUCUCAUUAAUUGAAUUAUUAGUACGAUAUUGUAUUAUGAUACAUUUAGUAUAUUUCAUCUCGUUUCCCAGGAAGAAACGGGAAAAUGGAUAAAUCAUAUAAAUCAACUGAAAGUUAAAAAAAAAAUACAAAAUAGCCAGGACUUAUUUUUUCGCCUCUUCAAAAUAUCAUCAAAAUAUGAAUGUUUCAAAAAUACAUUCAUGACCGAGAUUCUGAAAUCGCAAAUUCAUAUUAUUUCCGUCACCAUGGGAGAGUAUAUAUAUUUUAUAUACCUUUGUGCAAGGAUUCUUCUUUCUAUCCCAAAUUUAAGUGAUUAACAGAUUAAUGAAAAAUUAUUUGUUUCAUUUGUUAGUGAUACACGAACUCAUUACAAAAAUCUUUUUUUAUACAUUGAAAUUGGUGACAGAUAAAAUUAGUACUGAGAUUAAGUUUAUUUUCGGUUCGAGAUUAAUACAUGCUAUAACAUUAUUAGAAACAUGAUAUUUCAAAAUACGCCCUAUCUAUCUAUUGUAAAGAUUCCUAUCGAAUAGGUAAUUUGUGUCACUACAAAAAGUAAAAUCGGCAGCAAUGUACUGUCUGCUCGAAUUUCGAAGGUAAAGAAAACUUCACAUUUAGUUGGGAUCUUUCCAAAAAAAAUUCGUUGUUGGUAAUAGUGCUGUUUAUUUUAGAUGGCACUAAGCUACGGGUCAUUUUUAUGUAGAACGAGCGUAAAAGUAACUAACAACAUUGUCACUGUUCUACCAUCCUAUUCUUUAAACAAUGAUUCUAUUCAUCACAUCAUUUGACCCACCCAUCCUAAUAGUAGGGUAAGCGCUAAUUAAUAAAAUAAAUUUAUUUCAUUGUUAUAACGGCAUAUGUAUAUAUCUCCAAUUCUCAAAACAUAACUUUUUAUGAAAUAAAGAAAAUUUUGUAUCUAUUUGUUAUAUAUUAGUUUUAAUACAAUUCUCUAUCUUUUCUUGAUUGUUAAUCGUUGCAGUGAAUUAUGGAGCAUUAUGGCUAAGAUAUGACUAUUUUUUUCACUAACCUUUUUUGCCAUUUUUGGUAAUAGUAAGCUUUUAUUCUUUGUGUUUAUAGAUUUUUCUUUAUAUUCAUUCAGCAAUUCAUUAUAAUGAUACAUUAAUGAUUCUAAAGAAAAUACUUUUCUAUAUUUAGAGGAAGGUUUUCUGUUUCACAUGUAUUUCUAUGAAUUAUUUUAAGUAUUAUAUUUUGUAAGUUUUUUAGAGAUUCUAUAUUAUUUUUAUAAACACUUCCCCUUGCAAAUAUCCCAUAGCUAACUAUACUGUUGAGUAACGUAUAAUACAUUGUUAAUAAUGCUUUUGUAUGCAUUAGGUUUAGUAACUAAUUUGGAGAAUAUAAAAAUAAAAUAUU